AGACUGGCUUCUACCUGUUGUGUGUGUCUGAUAAAGAAAGUAGGUCAGGUACUUGUUCGCCUUACCGAUCAACUGUCGAUCUCAACCAGUUCAUGCCCUGUGCUAUAUCAAGAGAAGGGGUCAGCCGAAAUACGUUAUACUAUUUCAUCAUUCCAUUAGCGUUUAUAUAUCACUCUCCGUGCAACACCGACUACUGAUGAUGUAGCUGUCUCUACCGCGACCGCUGCUUGUUUGAGGUCACAAGUGUACACCACACGUAACUAUAAUGUUGUCGCGAGUCGCGUUCAUCCAUGUCCGACCCGGACAUUCCACAUCAGCCGUGUCUGUUUUGUGUCGAUACAAGGGGACGUCUGCUCAAACUGACGAUCAUGCAGCAGACGUCAAACCGUUCUCGGCGCUGCCCGGGCCGAAGGGCUUGCCUGUUGUCGGUACCCUGUUCGACAUCAUGAAGAAUUCCGCCCGGCUGAAUGAAAUGAUUCAGAAACGUCACGAGACGUAUGGACCUAUCUACCGGGAAAAGAUGGGGAGGAUAGAUGCCGUGUUUCUGACGGAUGUGGAGGCGGUAGAGCAGCUGUUCCGACAAGAAGCAAAGUACCCAGUUCGAAUCCAACUGGAACACUGGAUUAAGUACAGGGAGGACAGGGGUUUCAAUAAAGGCCUUGUCAUGUCAUCAGGUGAAGCUUGGCAUUCCUUGAGGCGAGUGGUCGACCAGCAUAUGAUGAAGAUCAAGACAGUCGAGUCCUACACUGGAGAAUUUAACAAGGUUGUUGUAGAGUUCUUGGACCGAGUGGGAAGAAUUCGAACCUCGGACAAAGAGUUGCCUGCAUUGAAUAAGGAGCUAUUCAACUGGUCUCUGGAAUCUAUCGCCCGUAUCCUGUACGAGAAGAGACUGGGAUGUCUGUCAGACAACAGGAGUGAGGAUACCCAGGCUUUCAUCCAGAGCUCUCAUGACAUCUUUGAGACAACCAGGAAAAUAUUCUUCCUUCCACCCAAACUGGCCCGGAUCUUCAUGCCGCGCACCUACAAACAGCAUGACGCAGCGUGGGACGAGGGCUUCCGUGUUGCCCACAAGAUCAUUGACGAGAGAAUCAGGGAAAUCAGGGAGACAAAGGAGGAAGGAGAACACGUGGGUUUCAUCACCCACUUCCUGAAAGAGGACAGCAUGUCGCUUAAGGAUGUCUACGCCAACAUCUCCGAACUCAUGGGGGCAGCUGUAGACACGACGUCAAACACCGCUCAGAUGUUGUUGUAUGAGUUAUCGAGACAUCCACACGCACAGGAGGCCAUCUUAGAGGAAAUCACAAGAGUUGUCCCCCCUGGCGAGCAGCCAACUGCAGAUCACCUGAAGGAUAUGCGUUACAUCAAGGCGGCCAUUAAGGAGACGCUCAGGUUGUACCCGACCGGAAGUGUGGUGAUUCGAGUAUUGCAACAGGACGCUGUCCUACUCGGCUAUCGCGUGCCCAAGGAGACUGUGAUGUGGAUUGACCUCUACGGCUUCGGACGUCUACGACGUCACUACGAGGACCCCGACACAUUCCGCCCUGAACGCUGGCUCCGAGCUACCAGGACAGUAAGCCCACAGCCUUUUUCCUGGCUGCCGUUUGGGUUCGGACCCAGGAUGUGUGUCGGCCGGCGAGUGGCAGAGCUCGAGAUGCAGCUGUUGAUAUCCCAGCUCGUUCGCAAAUUCCAGAUAGAGCCUGUAUCAAUGGAACCAGUCGAAAUGAAGACGGACCUCCUACUAUUGGCCAAAGAUCCAAUCAAAAUCCGUCUUCACGAGAGAGACUAGACUCUAAUUCUCCAUAGUGCACGUCAUACGAACACUUUGCAGUCUGGUGUAAGCACAUGCACAGUGACGCUGGGGACUUUUUUGAAAAAACACGUCACUGAAAAAAUCACCUAUAUACGUUGCAAAUUCAGGAGUUAUACUUUUGUUUUGUUAUUGUAUUGUUACUGACAUGUAUUAAGAGAAAUCGUUGAUAUUAAUUACAUAGUUGAGUUACAUUUAUAUUGUGGACAAGUAGCUCUAUUUCACUGUAAUAUCCAUUUAUACUUUCUUAUACAUGUAUUUGCCAAGGACCAACAUGUUUGUUAUAAUGGUGCUCAAUGCGUACGUGCACAUAUGAGGUGUUAACCACAAGACUCUUCGCGAUAUGACGCAACAUGGAUCACUAGGUAAAAAAAAUCAUGUAGAUGACUUCACGAUUUCAUUGUUUGUAAAUGUAUUUCAAUGUGGAAAUUUAUUAUAAUUUCGUUUUAUCCUUUAUAUGCAUAAAUGCUUGAAAGACAUUCUCAUUGAAAUUAGCAUAAAUAUUCUGCAUGACAAGCAUAUCUGAUCACAAUAGAUUUUACUUCCUCUAUCUUACUUUCCUCCAAUAAAUGCCUACCUCUAACAAAA